AAACAAAAAAAUAAAAACAAAAUACACAUGUACGCAAAACUUUUACCAUUUAAAACCCGACUUAAGAAGCACCCGCCCAUUUAUGAAAAUGAAGUUAACUUGCAACAAGUAGGAGGCGAUGCACCUGUGAUUGUAAACGUCGAUGAGGUCAAUUCGCACAGAUCCUCAAAUUUAUCACAAACAAAAUUAACUUUAAACGAUAUUAUCGGCAAGCUGCAAGCAUUCCGAAAGAUGAAACAGCAGCGGGUGCCGCUGUUCGAGCAGGACCUAUUCAAUUUGUGCCACUUUGCGCGGCAGAUCUUUCUCGAUGAGCCGAUGCUCUUAAGUUUGGAAGCACCGUUUCGCAUUGUGGGCGACAUUCAUGGCCAGUUUGGUGAUCUGCUGCGGAUAAUGGAACACUGCGGCUAUCCGCCUGAAGUCAGUUAUUUGUUUUUGGGCGAUUACGUGGAUCGUGGCAAGAACUCCGUGGAGACCAUAUCGCUGUUACUGGCGCUAAAGAUCAAAUAUCCGGCGCAUAUAUAUUUGCUGAGGGGCAACCACGAGUCGCAGACGAUAAAUCGCGUUUACGGUUUCUUCGAUGAGUGUAAGCGACGCUACACAAUCAAGCUGUGGAAGAGGUUUGUCGACUGCUACAACUGCAUGCCAGUGGCAGCGAUUGUCUCCGAUCGCAUCUUCUGCUGCCAUGGCGGACUCAGCCAGAAGUUGAAUGAAAUGAGUGAUAUUGCCUCGCUGCCGCGACCCACCGAUGUACCCGAUAGCGGUCUGUUGUGUGACCUGCUGUGGAGUGAUCCCGAUCGCAUUGGCUUCGGUUAUUCGCCCAGCGAUCGCGGUGUUAGCUUCCUUUUCGGUCGCGAUGUGAUUCAAAAAUUUCUGCGCAAGCAUGACUUUGACUUGAUUUGUCGUGCCCAUCAGGUGGUGGAGGAUGGUUACGAGUUCUUCGCCAAACGCCAGCUGGUAACCAUCUUCUCCGCACCUAACUAUUGUGGCUUGUAUGACAAUGCUGGUGCCUCGAUGGGUGUUGACAAGGAUUUGGUGAUCUCGUUCGAUAUACUGCGUCCAACGGACAAGCGCAAAGUGAAAAUGCCAGAAGGUAAAUGAGUCAAGCAUCGGAGUCUAAUUCAAAAUCAAUUUGAAACCGACUCAAUUGAGAAACGGGCACAAACUGUCAACAUAAAUAAAAUACAAACAAAACAAAAAUCUGAUAUGCAUA